UGCACGUCAGAUAACUCCAGUCAUCUCUUGUGCGUGAGACACCAGCUGGUCUUGGUGUUCAUCAUCUCUUCCCUAGAAAGCCUCCGAGGUACCAUCAUGUCAGACACUGAGGAAAUUGUGGAGGAGUACGAGGAGGAAUUUGAAGAGGAGCAGGAGGAUGAAGCAGAUAAGAAAGACAAGCAUGCAGAGGAGAAUGAGCAGGAGGAGGACUCCAAAUGGCGGCCUAAGUCAACUUAUGUGCCAAAUAUUGCUCCUCCAAAACUCCCUGAUGGUGAGAAGGUGGAUUUUGAUGAUCUGCACCGCAAGAGGUUAGAAAAGGAUUUCAACGACCUCCAGACCCUGAUCGAGUCGCACUUCUCCACCCGCCAGAAAGAAGAGGAAGAGCUGGUUGCACUGCGUAACCGUAUAGAACGCCGUCGGGCCGACAGAGCAGAACAACAGCGUGUCCGCACGGAGCAGGAGCGCGAACGCCAAGCACGUCUGGCUGAGGAGAGGGCGAGGCGCGAGGAAGAGGCAGCCAAACUGCGUGCUGAUGAAGAGGCGAAGAAGAAGAAGAUAUUCACCAACAAAUCCUUUGGGGGCUACCUGCAGAAGGUGGACCAGAAGAAGGGCAAGAAGCUGACGGCACGGGAGGAGAAGAAGAAGGCCCUGAUGGAGCGCCGGAAGCCGCUCAACAUCGACCACCUGAACCAGGAGAAGCUGGCGGAGAAGGCGCAGGACCUGUGGCAGUGGCUCCACCAGCUGCACGCCGAGAAGUUUGAGCUGGCUGAGAAGCUCAAGAGGCAGAAGUACGACAUCUACGUGCUCAGGAACAGAGUCAGCGACCACCAGAGGGGCUCCAAAGCAUCCAAGACCCCCCGCGGCGCCAAGGGCAAGACUGGCUCCUGGAAGUAGACUGGACAGCUGUUUCCGGACUAUUGGGCUCCUAUUUCCAACUUGAGUCAUAAAAGCUAACCCAGGGAUUGUGCGUGGAUUUGAGGGGAAGGCAGAAAUAUAUGAAGUUAACAAAGCCAUAAUAUCUUGAAUGAUGUAUAAAUAUCUGAUUGCUCUAAUUUAAUGAUGCUGAUAUUCACUCGUGGUGUGGUUAAAGACCUUAUUAAAUCUAAUGGAAUGUGUGGUGGUGUUGAUUUCACUGCAGUAUGCAGUGCUUUGUGGUUGUUUUUAUCUUUGUAUGACAACUGUAUUUUCAACUGUACAGUUGUCAAGGAUUUGUUUUAUUUGCCCACAAACUCAAAGUCUUCAAAAAAAAGAAAAUUUCAUUUAUUUCGAAUAAAUCAGAACAUAUUUUAAUA